GGAAACAUAUUAGCUAAAGUGGGUUGAUACAUAACUUAAUCUUAUUAAAUGCACACCUCAAUGCCCCUCCAUUUCUAUUCAAAUUUCAAACUCACCACCAUCACCAUCACCUCAAUACCCUCAUUCAUACUCAUCCCUUCAUUCAUACCCUCUUUCCCAACUUUUCUUUCUUUUUUUUUUCUCUAGCUAAACUUGCUACAUUUUCAAUGGAGGUGAAGAUUCACAAAACAGAGAAGAAGAUCAAGCCUUAUUACUAAAAGGGUCAUCACUGAAACUAACCUCUCCCAAGUCCCAAGUCCCCAACCAAAGAGAGCUCGAAAAUGAGUACUGCUAGAUUCAUCAAAUGUGUCACUGUAGGAGAUGGAGCUGUUGGAAAGACCUGCAUGCUUAUCUCCUACACUAGCAAUACCUUCCCCACUGACUAUGUGCCAACAGUGUUCGACAACUUUAGUGCUAAUGUUGUAGUUGAUGGAAGCACUGUUAAUCUGGGUUUGUGGGAUACUGCAGGACAAGAGGACUAUAAUAGGCUAAGACCUUUGAGUUAUAGGGGUGCAGAUGUGUUCUUACUAGCUUUCUCUCUUAUUAGCAAAGCUAGCUAUGAAAAUAUUUCCAAGAAGUGGAUCCCUGAAUUGAGGCAUUAUGCUCCAACCGUCCCUAUUGUGCUAGUGGGAACCAAACUUGAUUUGAGGGAUGACAAACAGUAUUUGAUUGAUCAUCCUGGUGCUACUCCAAUCACAUCAGCACAGGGUGAAGAUCUAAAGAAGGCAAUAGGUGCUGCUGUUUACUUAGAGUGCAGUUCCAAGACUCAGCAGAAUGUGAAGGCUGUGUUUGAUGCAGCAAUCAAGGUUGUCUUGCAGCCUCCGAAACCAAAGAAAAGGCGAAAGAAGGCCAAACCUUGUGCCUUUCUCUGAAUCAAUUGAUAUUGGUUAUUGUCACAGCCAAUGCCAUUAUCAAAAGCAUUUUCUCCUUGUGCCAAACUUGAGAUUCCUUUGUUGUUUUUUUAUUUGUUUUUAAUGUUUCUCUAUAUGUAAUCAUAGUGUGUUCUUUUUUUCCUUUCUAAAUCUUUCUCUCAUGGAUUUGAAGGAAAAUCUAUUGUAAGUUUACAAAGUGUAAUCUUGGUAUUGAAAAAAAAAGAAAAAGAAAUCAAAUAAGCAAGCACUGUUGUUAGGUUUCA